AUGAAUCGUGUACUUGAGACCAUUUUCCCGGACUAUUUCUCCUGCCAGAUCACCAGUAGCAAUUAUUAUUCUUAUCCAGAGAACUCCCUCAAGUCAAAUUUGAUCUUUUGCGUUGUAUACAAAGGCCAGGAACUUAUCAAAGACGGACGUGUGAUCCUUUUUUUUGCUCCUGGACCGGACCCUGAGCCACGCUUUGAAAGUUUUGACCUGAAUUCUCCACGGCCGCUGUUUGCCAAGGACGUUAAAAAUGUGGAGCCUGGAGAUCUGAUUGAGUUUGAAAGCACGACAUUUUCAACGCCGGAUGCUUUGGGAUUCGUGCCUCAGAAUUUGGACGUAUUUUCCAAUAAAUUGUUCGUCCAAGCAUUGAUUCAUCAUGAUGUGAACGAUCCGGACGCCAACUCGCGAGUGGGGAAUACGUACAGCAAACCGGUCGAAGUGCGGUUUGAUGGUGAUGAAGCUGACAAUGUCGUCAAGAUUGUCGUGGACCAGGUUGUCAGUGAGACAAUGGAUUUGACGCCGACCGAGUGGAUUGAGCAUAUCACAAUGAAAAGUCAACUUUUGAGUGAGUACCACAAUCAGGACGUGUACAUGAUGGCUUCCAUUGUGCUGCCAAAGGAUUACAAGGCUUUGAAGAAGUCGUCUCGGUUUCCCGCAGUAUACUACAUUGAAGGAUUUACUGGUACGGAGUCGUAUGCAAAGCGUGCAAAGGGAUUUCUGUCGUCUGAGAUGGGACAGGAUUGGCAGGCUGGACAUUGGCCGGUUCCCAUGCUUCGCGUUACCCUGGGGUCGCGCUUUAGGUUUGGCCACACUUCGUUCGCUGAUACCGAAGCCAAUGGUCCAUGGGGUACAGCAUUAGUGACAGAAUUCAUCCCGUACCUAGAAAGCCUAUAUGCCGUCGUUCCUUCUGCGUCGGGUCGUUUUCUACACGGCCACUCGUCGGGUGCUUGGGCGACACUGUGGCUGCAGCUACAGUUUCCCGACUUUUUUGGUGGCACGUGGAGUUCGGCUCCUGAUCCUGUCGACUUUUCGCGAUUCCAAGUGGUGAAUAUCUACGAAGCAGAGAAUGCGUAUUGGGAUGCUAAUGGCAAUCCGUACCCGACCAGCCGCAACAAUGGACUCACUACGUGCAACAACCGUGACGAGAAUUUACUGGAGCGAGUAUACGGUCGCGGCAAUGGCGGGCAGUGGGAUGCUUUCUUUGCCAUCUUUGGUCCACGAGGUGCUGAUGGAAUGCCAAUCCCUCUUUUCGACAAGUUGUCGGGUGACAUAAAUCGUGAUGUUGCGAAAUAUUGGGAGCGGUUCGACAUUUGCAAGUAUCUUCAAAAGAGACCAGAGUUACUGCUGACGGAAUUACGCGGAAAAAUUCACGUCAUUUGUGGUGUCGAGGACACGUACUACCUCAACUUUGCGUGUCGAUCAUUGCAAAAGCUGGUUGGGGAUAGUACAAGCAAUUUACAGGAUGGAUCUAUUGUGCCAAACUAUGUGGCAAUGGUACCUGGAGACCACACCAGUAUCCGCUCUCGAGCACAUUACAUUCAAGUGUACUCUGAGAUUGCUGCUGUAUACAAACACAAUACGAAAAGCGUAAAGUAA